GGAUAUUUUUUCGGGUCAGGCCCCUCUAUCUCAGGUGAAACCUCCAUUGGGACCGCCUCAGCCCCCCCCCUCUCUCUCUCUCUCUCGAUUUCGUUGGUGGGCAUGUGUCUGAAGGUGUGAUUCUUCGGUUACAGUUUCUUCUCUUUAGCUCCGCUUCGUCCCAGUUUCACCCUGAUACCCCCAUGGGCUUUUGGCUUUAGGAAUCUUUAAAAUAGCGUAAGCUAUUUGUUGUGUCACUUAGAAUUGAUUCCCAUGUACUUUUGCUAGAGUUGAUGGUGAAAAGCAAGAAAACUCUCCCUCUCCCUUCCUCUCUCUAAACGAAUGGUUGAGCUUUUCAUCUUGGGGGUUGCAUUUGGCUUUGAUAAUUGAUGCAAUGGAAGCCUACAGGAGAUGGGUUUGGAAGAAUAGGGAAUUCGUCCAUUCCUUAGAAACCUUCGUCAACGGAUUGACUUGGCUUCUUCCUGAACGAUUUUCGGAUUCUGAGAUCGCUCCAGAAGCAGUGACAUCCAUUUUGGGGAUAGUCGCUGGUAUCAAUCAGCAUAUUAUAGAAAAGUCGGCAGCUCAGAUUCAAUUUGGUGUUCAGGAUCAUGGAUUCCCUUGGUCUUUAUGCUUAUCUGCUGUCAAAGAGUUGGAGACACUGGUUGAAGUUGUAGCUCAACACUUCUAUGGAGAUGAUAAAAAGUGGAACUCAAUUGCUCUCACAGAAGCUAUAAAGGCUAUGAUCCGUUUGAUCAUGAUGCGUGAAAGUGGCUACAAGAUGCUUUUGAACGGAGGGGUGACGUUGAACAUUGGAGAUGCUUUGGAUGUUUCACAGCCUUCCGUUAGGAAUCCUUCUAUGCAGUCUGUUACAGGCAAACCUGGUACACAUUAUGGCCCUGGUCACUUCUAUGAUUUCAGAGACGGUGGUCCUCAUAGUCUAGAAGGUAGGGCCAUGGUUGCACUGAGUAGAUUUGGGGAGAACGCGAAGAUGAAUUACCAACCAACGUGGUUGAGCAGAUCUCAGAGCCGUGACUUUGAACAAUCUGAUGCACAACAGGAGAAGCCAACACUUGCAUCAGUAUUUUCUGAGAAGGGUCUAGUUGGUGCUGCAUUUGUGUUUGGAGAAGUGCUUUACAUAAUGAGACCAGUCAUCUAUGUUCUAUUUAUCAGAAAAUAUGGACUUCGGUCCUGGAUACCAUGGUUUUCGUCCCUUUCAAUUGACAUUUUGGCUAUGAGCCUGCUUUCUUUCACAUCAAAUCUGUCCCGGAAAGGCAAAAACUCACUUCUACUUUCUGCUGUUGAGAAAGAUGAGUUAAAAAGAAGAAAACUUUUAUGGGCAUUUUACAUCUUGAGAGAUCCUUUUUUCAGCAAAUAUACUAGGCACCAUCUUGAGAAUUCUGAGAAAAUAUUGAACCCCAUACCUUUUGUAGGGUUUUUUACAGCGAAACUUGUUGAACUGAUUAUUGGUGCCCAAACACGGUAUACGUACACAUCGGCAUCAUGACCCAAAAGUAUUUCAAUUGGAGUUCUAUGUUUAGAUCCUCAGGUAGGUAUUAUAUUGUGGAAUGCAAUCCUAGUCUGUAAAACAUUCAAUCCCUUUGGUUCAAUCCAUUUAUCCUUCUAAGUAAGCACAUUGUAACUCAUUCAUCGCAAUUGAGGAAUAUUUCUUUGAUUAUAUACUUUUAAAAUUAGUUUGCUGUGGUAUAUUUUGUGCGCUUAUGCCCAAUGCUAGGUCAAAAGGGCUUAUUCUUUACGUCUGUGGCUUCUUUUGUUGGACAUAUUUCCAACAAUUUUGGCAGGCUUUAGGGCCUGGGCUUUUGCAUUUCUCACGAAAGGAACUAUUAGCAUGGAUUAAUGACUGAUUUUGCAAAUCAUCUAGGAAAUUUAACUUUUAUUCUCCUGAACCUAACCUUUAUUUUUUCAUUUUGUCUUCUUAAGAAAACUUCCUUUCCAUAUCUCUGCUUGAUGAGAUAGGCUGCUCUACUAUUGGAAGUUACUGCAAUAAUGGCAUUGAAAGAACUUAUAGUGAAAUCUACAGGCAGAAUGCAGAUACAAAAGCGAACCUUUUGUUCAAAAUUAUUGCCUGCUGAACUUUUUCAAAUUAUAAGAAGUUCCAUCUGGCUGCUGUGGCUUCUUAUUUUGUAUGUUGUUGGAACACAAUGGAGGAAAGAUCUGUGAUGCAAGCAUCAUCGAGUGAAGUUCUUGUAUAACUGAAAGAGUUUCUUAUUCAACCAUUUUGGUCACAAAGCUUGUACUUGUGAACGAAGAAUGAUGCUGGGGGACAGAAAUUUCGUGGACUUUUAAAAAUGGUGUUCAGGUGAAGAAAAUGUUGGUUUGUUCUUAUCUUAAUAUCCUGGCAAAUAGCAACAGAUUAUGAAGCAAAGGUGGCAAUUAACAGUAAGAAUGUUGCCUUGUAUGAAAAUCUUUACAUCCUAUGUUAUACCAAAUGAUUAAAAAUUAGUUUA